GAUAAGCUUAAAUUUACUGUCUUGGUGCUAAAUCUCUGAUAGUUCAGAAGAAGAGAACGUGCUCUUCCGCCUGAAGAGAAGUCAUGAAUAGAGAGAAUGUUCAGGGGGGAGAUCUCUCAAUCGCUUCUCCGACGGCGUCUUGUGUGGCUGCCCAAACAGCGGUGAUCGUCGUGGCCGGUCCAGAAAGCAUGGACAAUCACUGCGAGAAGCGGCUCUCUACCAACGAACUGUCGGUGUUUUCCUGUCCAGGCGGUAUAGACAUACUGCAAGGGGACAGUCGAAACAACUCUCCACGUCAAGAACCGGCUCCGAUAGCAAUUCCAACGGUUCACCGGACCACCGCGUUUUCUGUUUUGGACAUUUUGGACCCAAAUAAGUUUACGAGCAAAAAGCAAAAUCCUAACCGGACCGGCAGUGAAAUCGCCUUCGGGACAGAGAACCGUGGAGGUGACGACUCGAAUCAUGCUGUAGAUCAGAAAUCUUAUGCAGAAGAAUAUGAAUGUAAAAAAUAUACAGCACUAAAUGAGGGGCUGGUGUACAGAUCGGACGAAUGCGAGCAUGAUUUCAACAGAGACUCCCACUCUGACAGCGAGAUGCAGGAUGACUUGUUUAGUGAGGAGAGCAGCAGUGGCCUGACUGAAAAUACCCAGGGGGAACUGGGCCACCGUGAAGACGACGACAAGGAGAGCAAGAGCCCAAGAAGUCCUGGCGAACAGCAAACGCAACAGUCAGGGUCGAAUGGACAAAGUCAUCAAGGAAAGCCGAAGCGAAAGCGCUCUGGCUCCGAUUCAAAGUCGGGUAAGCCACGAAGGGCCCGGACAGCAUUCACUUACGAACAACUUGUUGCACUGGAGAACAAAUUCAAGUGCACCCGAUACCUCUCCGUGUGUGAGAGGCUAAAUUUGGCACUGUCACUUAGUUUGACUGAAACUCAAGUCAAAAUCUGGUUCCAGAACCGACGGACCAAGUGGAAGAAGCAGAACCCUGGCGCAGACACCAGCGCCCCGACGGGCGGGGGGCCGAAUGGCCAGAGCAAUGGACUAGGGGGCCUGAGUCCGCUCAGCCCGUCUCCUCCCAUGAGCGGCCAUCUGUCAAUGCACACGAGCUAUGGUCACGGGCCAGGCGGGUUAGUCUGCACCAGCCAAUUACCCUUUCUGCCAAGUCAUGCGGUACUGUCACCUUUCAUGUUGGGAUCUCAGACCUACGGAGCGCCUGCGUUUUACACUUCACACCUAUAA